GAGUCUAUUGGCGACACUCCCUGUUUCUCACACCAUCUUAUUCCCCUCUGACCUUCUCUCUCCCAUCUCUCUCUCUCCCCCUCUCUCUCUUCAUCUACAUCUCCUUACACACGUACAAAACAACACAGAGCUUGUUCAUGUCCUUACAGUCUCAUCUCUCUCUCUCAAGAAUCAACAACAGGAGAAAACAAGGCAGGUAGCUAGCUUCAACAAGUUACACAAGAGAAUAACAGAUGGGGAGGUCACCUUGCUGCGAGAAAGCACACACCAACAAAGGAGCAUGGACUAAAGAAGAAGACCAGCGUCUCGUAAAUUAUAUCCGCCUCCAUGGGGAGGGCUGCUGGCGCUCCCUCCCCACUUCUGCGGGGUUGUUGAGAUGUGGGAAAAGCUGUAGAUUGAGGUGGAUCAAUUAUCUCCGUCCUGAUCUUAAACGUGGGAAUUUCACUGAAGAUGAAGAUGAGCUUAUCAUUAAGCUUCAUAGCCUCCUGGGAAACAAGUGGUCUUUGAUUGCUGCAAGAUUGCCUGGAAGAACUGACAAUGAGAUCAAGAACUACUGGAACACACACAUUAAGCGUAAACUCAUUAGCCGUGGCCUCGACCCUCAGAACCACCGGCCAUUCGACUCCACAGCUGCCACCCCCACCGCAAGUGCCAUAGCCAUCACUUCUCUGGACUUCAGAAAAAAUACCAGCAACAGCACUGUUCCAUCGAAAAUAUUACCUAGCCAAAGUCUUGUACCCUUGCAAAACAAUCAGCUUAAUAGCAUUUACAAGUUCAAAACCGAGUCACUUGAGGAAGGCAAUUGCAGCAGCAGCACAACUGAGGAAACUCAGGAGUAUUUUCGCAAAGAGCAGAACAAGCCGGUUCUUGAUCUAGAGCUAUCGAUAGGACUUCCCAUGACUCGGACUGAUCAGAAGACGGAAUCAGUGUGGCCCGAACUGAGGACGGUGAAGCCUCCCACCCAGGCUGCACCAAGGAUGUGCCUGUGCUGGCAAUUAGGCUUCCAGAAUAAGGCAGGUGAAUUUUGUAGUAAUUGCAGAAGCACAACUGCAUUUUACAGUUAUUGUUGAGCAUGGGAUAGUAGGUAGCUCAUAGGGUGUUAGGUUUUAGAUGUUAAUGCCUUUGUUAAUUACUACUAGUAGUACUGCUACCAGAAUGUCUCUUUGUACCAGCAAGUGUAAUCUUUUAUGUCAACAUUGAAGACAACAGUGUUAAUUAUGAA